CCAGUCCACCCACAGGAACCAGGAAGUCAGUGGCCUCCUUUGAAGAAAGGCCUUCUGUUCACCUGGGCUGGGCUUUCCCAAUUUUGCCUUACCCUUGACCUCUUCUUCCAACUGGCCCCUGCGGAGUUGGCACUGAGUUGCCAAGGUGGGUGGAGAGAUCAGAAGGUGAGAAAGCUGUUGGCUCACUGCUUCACGGCAAGGACCAUGGCGAAAGUAGACCCAUUCCUCGUCGGGCUACAACACAUCUCCUCCAACCUGUCAAGGCCGGAACUAGAGGAAAUGAAAUUCCUUUGCAAGACGAAAAUUGGGAAGAAGAAGCUAAAUGAGAUUCAACAAGGGAUUGAACUCUUCUCGUGCCUGAUGCAGCAGAAUUUACUCUCUCCUAGUGACACCGCUUUCCUGAUCUCGAUGCUCCAAAGCCUAAAAAGGGAAGAUCUGAUACAAGAUUUGGCCAAUUAUAUAGAAAACAAGCCUGGUCCUGUGGAGCAACUAGAUCCUCAGGUGGAAGCUCAACUGGAGGUCGCAUUCGAGACUCUUUGUGACAAUGUGGGCCAGGACUGGAAAAGACUGGCUCGGAAGCUGGGCAUUUCCCAGGUGGACAUUGACAGGAUUAUUUACGCAUACCCUCGAGACCUGAAGGAACAGUUCUACCAGUCACUGUUACUCUGGAAAAAAGCAAGUGACAAAGAAGCCAACGUGUCCACCAUCCAAAAGGCACUUCGGGACUGCCGCCUGAACCUAGCAGCAGACAUCUUAGCAGAAAAGCUGGAGGCCAUGCUGCUCUGAAAAGGCCCCCAGCAGUGGCGACCGGAAGCCCGGACAACCACUAACCAACCAUUUUUCUGAGCUAACUGCCGUCAUUGAGAUUCAUCUGUUAAAGGAGGGUCUGGACACGGAGGCCUUGGUCUCCUGAGAAUCGUGCAGACCCAGUCCAAGACAGACUCACCCCACCUUACUGCCCUGUCCCUUGCCCCCGUUCUUCUAGCCCUGGGAACACAAAGCAGAUCCCCACUAUCUACUUCUUCAUCACCCCAUAAACUCCUGGAAGCAAGGCAGGGGUCUCUCUUGCUCUUUAAAAUGUUUAUUCUGGCGUGUGAGGACCUGAGGCAGUUUGGUUCAUGUUGCCCCCAGUUAGCGUCAUCUGAGCCUUCUGGACAAGAAGAGCAAAAGUGGUUUUUAGGUCUUGUCCCACUUUGGGGCACUUGAAGGGAGCCAGGAGACUGAGGCUGUGCAUCUCAGGCAUGGGGGACAAGCCAGCCAAAGUGUGUGUCACAGGAAGGAUUCCUCCAGAUAUGGGCUGGCCACUGAGGUCCCCUCUAACUCUCAAAUUCCAUGUUAAUGGUGAUGAUGUCACUUUUGCCUUCCUCUGUGUACCAAUAAAUGUCUGAACGUAAGACCUAGAAGGGACCUCAGAGGAAGGAGAAAGGCCAUCUUCAAUGCCGUGUGGAAUGGACUACUUUUUCAGAUGCCCCAAAACACAUUUUGGGGAGACAGGAUUCUCAUCAGGAAUUAAAAAGGAGUAAUAAGGAGCAGCUAGGUGGCGCAGUGGAUAGAGCACCGGCCCUGGAGUCAGGAGGACCUGAGUUCAAAUCCAGCCUCAGACACUUAACACUUACUAGCUGUGUAACCCUGGGCAAGUCACUUAACCCCAAUUGCCUCACCCAAAAACAAAACCAAAAAAAAAAAAAGGACGGGGAAGUUAUAAGGAAUUUUCUAACUGUAAAUCUUGGAGUUGUCUAGGACACAGGGAGUAAAAAGAAUAGACCAAAUCGUAGUCUAGAACUUUCUGGCUGACUCUUGUUGGUGACUCUCAGCUAGGUGUAGUGAUUGGGAAAUAGUGGCACAGGACCAUCCAGCAUGGUGUGCCUGCAUCCAGAAGGGCUCUAUACUUUAUGAACAAAGCAGAAUUGCAGUAGCUCAAAAGAAACAUGAGGUACAUCAAUUUAGAGACUUCUCCAGUGUGAAUGUCCAUAUGGACUAUUUAUGCCCAAGCUCUGGAAAAGCCUUCCGGAUUUGUAUUGAUCUGAGCAGCCAUGGUCUGAUCAGUGACUGCCCUUGUCAGAGUGACUUUCUUUUUUUAAAUUUAUUUUAUUUUUAAUUUAUGGAAUUAAAAGAAGCAUUUCUAUAACAUGGUAUGAUACAAAAGAUGAUUACACAUGAAACUGAAAAUCGAUUGUGUAAAAUUUUUAUUCCUUUUAGUAAAUAAUUAAGUUAUUAUGUAAAUUAUUUUCUUUUUUUCUCCCCCUGCUCCCCCACCCUAGAGACAGCUACCUUUAGACCCAAAUAGAUGUGUAUCUAUGUAAAAUUAUCCUAUACAUACAUCUAUUUAUCAUUUCUAUCUCUUUAUACAUCAUUCUUCAUAUGUCCUUUAUAGUUCAUUUGGGUAUUUAUAAUAGUCAGCCAGAUUAGCUAAAAU